GUUAACAUGGAAGUGAGAGGUGUGUGAUGGCGAAGCAGGAGUAAAGCUAGAUAUCCGUUCAACACGACUGUCAGUUAAUUUGUUUACACGCAUCUACAGUUAUCAUAAUAUGAUCAGAGGUGGAGAGUAACGAAGUACUAUCCUGCUUAGACGACUAGUUUUGGACAGGUUGUUUAAAAAACUGCAGUAUGUAUAUACCCACUCUGCCUCAACCCUUCACCUGGAUCGUCCACGUUUCAUCUGCACGCAAAACAUUCCGAUCAUUCUGGAAGUGCAACCUAUAGAGAGAAGAAACCGGCAUAACUCAGAUAGACAAGCAAACAGUCAUUUGAAAGAAGUCCUUAGUUAAUAAAAUGGAACUUGGGAAUCGAGAGGAAUACGUUCACAGGGAAAGACCAUGUUUUAAGAAGUUGUUUAUUGGAAUGUGCCUUGGAAUUAUAUGCUCUCUGGUGAUAUGGUCUUUUGUGUUUAAAGAAAGAGAGAAUCAACCUCCACACAGCUUUUUGUUACAGUCACCAAAAAUCUCAUUUAACCCUAAAUUUGGAAUCACCUCAGAAAGUAAUUCCAGUUUAAUCCAGGGUCUCUAUUGGGCUGGACCAGGCACAAUCAUUACAAAUAUCUCCAUAUCUACAAGUCCAGCUCACUCCACAUUCAUCAUUCAGAAUCUGAAAGACAGCUACCAAAUAGGGGAGGAGCUUUAUGUUACGAUCCAUGCGAGAGAUUUUAACAAUAAUCCCAAACCUUAUGGAGGGGACUUCUUUCAAGCAAAGCUGUUCUCAUCCAAAACUCCAGAAAAGGCCAGUGUGUUUGGGGAGGUGCUGGACUUGCUCAACGGCUCUUACUCUGUACGUUUUCUUCUGCCGUGGGUGGGACAAGCACAAGUGGCUGUGCGUCUGAUCCACUCGAGUGAAGCUGUGCAGGUCCUCAAGCAUCACAGAGAAACUAAUUCUGACAGAGUUUCUUUCCUCGGAUAUUUUGAAGGACCAGGGGUGAAUGGGAUUAGGCUAAAAGAAACUGUAAAGUGCAAUGUUAAGUGGGACAAGAAUGGACUGGAGAGGGUAAAAAAUGUAGAGUGCUGUUGUGAAUACCUAGAUUCUCGCACCGGAGAGGAAUGGCGCUGCCAGAAACCCAAAUCUCUGCCAUGCGGUGCCCGUGUAUACCACUCCUUUGGAGAGUAUAUCAACUUCCUGACCCCUCAGGAAGCAAAGAUUUUGGCCCCAAGCAACAAAGGUAUCGAUGGACAAAAAAGCAUAAUCAAUGUCCUUCCUUCUAAUAAAACUAUGAAAAUUGAUGUUAGAGAGAAAUGUCGUCCUGGUUUGCACACACCGGUUCCAGCUGGCUUUUACCUGAAUGAUGUGUGGACGUCCUUUGUGUGUAAAACUCGUGAAUUUACAACCCAAACGGCAACACAGUGUCUGAAGGACAAACUCAUCUACUUGAUGGGAGAUUCUACCAUGAGACAGUGGUUCGAGUUUUUAGAGAAAAGUGUCCCAACAUUGAAGCAGAUGAACCAGCAUGUUCAGUAUAAGGCAGGUCCACUGAUAGCAGUGGAUGUGAUGAACAACAUUUACUUACGCUGGAGGGCUCACGGUAUUCCUCUGCGCUUUGAGAAAACAGAAAUGACUAAUCUGCGCUACAUCAGUAAUGAGAUUGAUGACAUGACGGGAGGACCUCAUACUGUUGUUGCAUUUCACGUGGGGAUCCACUUCACGUCAUUUCCAUUAGAUGUCUUCACCAAGAGAGUCUUGAGGAUCCGCAGAGCUGUCCUAGAUUUAUUACAGCGAGCACCGGAAACUACUGUUAUCGUCAAGACUGUCAACACUGGAUACAAGGAUGUGUUUACCAGCGACUGGUAUUCUCUUCAGUUGGACAAAAUUCUGCGGUGGGCUUUUCAGGAUGUUGGUGUUUAUAUUUUGGAUGUAUGGCAAAUGACAUCCUGUCACUACACCGGAGAUAACCUUCAUCCAAGCCCUAUCAUAAUCAAGAAUGAAAUUGACAUUUUACUUUCUUUUACUUGCCCUGAAUGAAUUUUUCCCAUGAGUUUGAACUGUCUGUUAAAAGGUUAUGUUUCACUUUUACUUGAUUCGAUUUUUCUUUCAUUCAUUUACAACAUUGUAAAGACAUCAGGUUUACGGCCUUAUAUAUAGUUUGACUGAGAUCUAAUAACUACUUUUUUAGAGUAAUGUUGUUGGUGGAAUCCAUCACAUCAUUGCAAAGUCUCUUUUGACUUGCUGAAGCAAAGGCUUUAGCAUUAGCCGUUAUGCUUUUAUGCCCAAAUGUUGUAGGAUUAACAUCACGCGGCUUUGGCUUCUCCCUUCUCAGCAUUGUUUGGUGUACACUUCACUUAUCUGAUAUAAUUAAAGGUAGAUGAAACGC